AUGGACAUUGUCACUCAAGAUUUUGCUGCGCUGUGCACGUCAAAACCUUCAAAAACUCCGUUAGCUUUGCCGGGAAAAUCAUCCCCGACGACAUCUCCGGCGAAUUUCCGGAUGUGUGCCACUUUGCGCCGUAUGCGCAUCAAUUACAAGGUGGGUCAUUUUCCCCUGUUUCCAACAUCCUUGUACACUUCACAACUGCUAGUUUUACACUUCCUCACUCCACCACACAAAGUCCUAAACCCUAAAGUUACCAGCUUUUCUACUGAAAGCUCAUAUUGCAGUUCAAAUUUAUUAGAUUCUGAAAAAGGAUUUGAUUUUCUUGAACAGUUUUCCCCUUUUAAGAAUUUGUCAAACUCUUCUACUUACACUGUCAUUACCUCAAAUGAGAGGCGUAAAAUUGUUGUGGGGUUAUCAAGAAUGAUAAAAAAUGAAAAAGGUUACAUUUUGGAAGCAUUUUCAAGAGAUUUUUGCCCAUCUUUUUUGGUAAAAAUUAUGAAGUUGAUUGGUAAUAGGGAAGUUGCAUUUGCAUUCUUUAAGUUUGUUUUUCAAGAUUAUUCGGAGAGUACAGUGAAGUCAUGUUGUAUUAGUGCGCAUUUAUUGGCUGCUGGACAGUUGAGGCUAUUGGCACAGGAUAUAAUAUCUUGGAUCAUUAGGAGGAUUGGAAAAUGUAGGAGUGAUGAGAUUGUGGAGUUCAUGUGGAGGGAGCAUUGUAAGUAUGAGUGUGACUUUUCAGUUCUUGAUUCAUUAAUGCGGGCUUUUUUAACCGCAGAAAUGGUUUCGGCUGCAUUAGAGAUUUCGAGUAAGAUGAGAGACAGUGGGUUGAGGCCGAGUUCAUCAGCUGUCGGCAUCCUAUUUAAGUUGUUGCUUAGGAUUGGUGAUUAUGGUAAUGUCUGGAAGUUAUUUCGGGAUAUGUUGCAUAAAGGGCCUCGUCCUACUAACAAUCUCUUUAAUGUAAUGAUUCUUGGAUAUUGUAGAAAAGGCAGUCUUCGAACGGGAGAGAGUUUAUGUCAUCUCAUGAGGAAGUUUGGAUGUGAGCCAGAUGUUUUUACAUAUAAUAUUUUGAUCAAUGCAUACUGUAUUAGAGGAUGGACUUCAGAUGCAUUGCACUGGGUGCAUAUGAUGAUUGAUCAUGGAUGUAAUCCAAGUAUCUCUACCUUUAGUACGGUAAUUAAUGCCUUAUGCAAAGAAGGCAACAUGAUGGAAGCCAGAAAGGUUUUUGAUGGAAUGCAAGAGGUGGGUGUCUUUCCUAGCACCAUCACAUAUAAUGCUUUGAUGGAUGGCUACGUUAAAGCACGGGAAAUAUAUCAAGCAAAUAUGCUAUAUGAAGAAAUGAAAAAGAAGGGUAUAGUUCCAGAUGCUAUAACUCUUAACAUUUUGGUGGCAGGUCACUAUAAGUAUGGUAGGGAAGAGGAUGGCGACCGAUUAUUAUGGGAUCUAACAGUGACGGGACUUUUUCCAGAUUGUUUAUUCUCUGAUGUAUCAAUUGCAGGAUUGUGUUGGGCAGGAAGGUUGAACGAGGCUGUAACAUUGUUGGAUAAUAUGCUUGAGAAGGGGAUACCUGUUAGUGUAAUAGCUUUUAAUUCCAUUAUUGCUGCUUACAGCAAAGAAGGGUUAGAAGAAAAAGCAUUUGAAGUCUAUAAUAUUAUGGUUCAGUUUGGUCAGACUCCUUCAGCUUCCACGUGUGCUUCCCUUCUCAUGGGUUUGGCAACGACAGGGAGGCUGCAAGAAGCGAGAAAUUUAAUGGCUAAGAUGAUUGCAAUGUCCUUCCCUGUUAACAGAACUGCUUUCACUGUGCUUCUGGAUGGGUAUUUUAAGAAAGGGGAUGUAAUAGGAGCUAGAAUAUUGUGGGAAGAAAUGGAAAUGAUGGGAAUCGCUCCUGAUUCUGUUGCUUUUUCUGCAUUGAUAGAUGGGCUUGCUAAAGCAGGAUCUGUUGAAGAUGCGUAUGGUGCCUUUUUCCAGAUGACUAGGAAAGGGCUUGUGCCUAAUAAUUUUGUUUAUAAUUCGCUAAUUACUGGUUUUUGUAAUAGCGGAAAACUGAAUGAAGCUCAGAAACUAGAGAGGGACAUGAGGGAUAGGGGUCUUCUCCCGGAUGUCUUUACAAUUAAUACCAUCAUCAAUGGUUUCUGCAAACAGGGAAGAAUGAGAUUAGCUGUUGACAGUUUUGUGGAAAUGCAACGAAAUGGUAUACAACCUGAUAUUGUUACAUAUAACACCUUGAUCAACGGAUUCUGCAAAGCAUUUGACAUGGUCAAUGCGGAUAACUUUAUGACAAGAAUGUAUGCCAGUGGAUGGGAACCUGAUAUCACAACCUACAAUAUAAAGCUUCAUGGUUUCUGUAGUAGUAGGAGGAUAAAUCGAGCAGUUAUGAUGUUGGAUGAGCUUGUAUCUGCUGGAGUGGUGCCAAAUACCGUUACAUAUAACACUAUGAUGAAUAGUGCUUGCAAUGACAUAUUGGACCGUGCAAUGAUUUUGGCAGCAAAGUUGCUUAAGAUGGCAUUUAUCCCAAACACCGUUACCGCUAACUUACUACUUUCUCACCUAUGGAAGCAGGGACUACCUCAGCGGACGUUGAUGUGGGGGCAGAAGUUGAGCGAAAUUGGUUUUGAGUUUGAUGAAAUAACAUAUAAAAUUUUGGACAAUGCUUCUCAUUAUAUACAAGAAAACACAGAAUAUUGUACAGAAACAACAGGAAAGAGUCUCUUUCUAGACUUCCUCAUGUACAUUACCUAUGACUACAUACGUAGAAGUAAGGCUUAUAGUGAUAAAAAUGACAGCUCUUACGAACUAGUUGAGGAUGGUCCUUGUGGGUCCUUCAAGUUAGUCAACAAGGCGUAUAGCCAAUUUGAUGAAAGAGCAAGAAACUAAAUGUUUACCAUCAUAGAAAUUUUUCUGGAUGAAUUUACGAAAGGUGAAGGGGAGUUUCAGCAACGAUAAAGUUGUCCGUGUGACCUAUAGGUCACGGGUUCUAGCCGUGGAAUCAGUCACUGAUGCUUGCAUCAGGGUAGGCUGCCUACAUCACACCCCCUUGGGGUGCGGCCCUUCCCCGGACCUUGCGUGAAUGCGGGAUGCUUCGUGCACCGGGCUGCCCUUUUUCUAAUUUACGAAAGGUAAACAAGCUUGGAAAGGACAACAGAAGAACCUACUGAAAGAACCUAUGUGGCUUCAGUAAGUUUCUCAAAUGCUAAAGAAGCUUGAUCAUUUAGAACUGAUGAUGCUUCCCAACACUGGAAUCGGAAACCGCAUCAUGAAGCUGCAGUUUCUAUGGCAAUUUGCAAGAGUUGUGAAUGAUGAUAUGUACUUCUUACUUGUUUGGGGAUCAAAUUGCGCUUGAGGACAGCUUGAAAAAGAUGUUGCGACUCCUCUAUCACCCCUCUGUGUACCUGCGGGAGAAGAGACUUAGAUGCUGCUCUAUGUCCGGUAUUUGCAUGAUGUUUUCUUGAGUUGAUAAUGAAGGUAAUGGUGAUGAUAUGUGUUGAGCUUAAUGAAAGGAACGAAGAUUCAUAUCGCCGACCCCAACUUGUUUGAGACUGAGGCGUAGUUGUCGUUCUUGUAGCUGGCGAGGGAUGUGCCUAAAGAUUUGAUCCUGAAAAGAACUGCUAUGGUGAAUGAUAAAAGAUCAAGUGUCGGUUAUAGGGCAACGUAAUGACAGCCCUAAAUUCCCAAGGAUUUUUAAUUUGUUAUUGAUAAGGUUUUUUUCCAGCUGCUGUCAUUUUUACCAUUUGAAGUUUCGCAGACCUGGUCCAAGUAGAGAGAAAAUGGAUAUUAAGGAUUCAUAUGCCGACCCCAACUAGCUAGGCAUUUGUUGUUGCUGUUAUUGAUUUUUUGCAAACCUGCCAACGAUGAUGGACCUGGAUGCACCAAAGGCUUUGUCCAAACUAGUGGUGAUCAGUGCCAUAUAGUCCUUUGACACUGGAGACUGUUGGAAUGGCUGCACAAGGUUCUUGUGUCGUAUAUAUUAUUAAUCUAGAACAUGUUCUGGAUCUUUGAGAAGCUGGAAAGCUUAUAGUCUAGUAGUAUCAAUCGGAGUCUCCACACAAUAACUGCGGUUUCAAUUCCCAAUACCUCCCGGAUCCUUCCUUGUGAUAAAAGAAAAAAAAGAGAGUUGUGUAAUUUGAUAAACAAAUAUACAAUGUUGAAGUAGUUUCUUUCCUUCCUUUUUUCAUAUUAUUUUUUGGCAGGGGCGGGGUGGGUAGGAGGUGAUCUUUCUCCGGACCCUGUGUGAAUGCGGGAUGCUUUGUACGCCGGGCUGUCCAGGGGCGGGGUGGGGGCAUAUCAUUUUCUCUUUCAGUUGCUCUUAAGAGACGCAGUAUUGUACAUGUGCCGAACUUGUGUUCUUCCGAUCCUCUGCUAACAAUAAAAAAGAAAUUUUCUUUCA